AUGGACAUCCCGCCGCAAGUCGUCUUAACCAACCACGGCGACAACGAAAAAUCUCCUCUCUCCAUUUGCAACGCCUACGCUCAGCUGGGUGCGCGGGGCGUCCCCAUCCUCUAUGCUUCUGGCGACGGCGGUGUCUCCGGCAACAAGGCAUCCGACAAUCGCACGGAAUUUGUGCCUGUCUUCCCUGCGAGCUGUCCCUAUGUGACCACCCCCGCCUACCAGUCUGCCGCCGUCGCGUCGUACCUCAGCGCGCUCGGGUCGAACUCGAGCGGGCUCCUCAACGCGACCGGCCGCGCGUACCCGGACGUGUCGGCGUACGGCACGCAGUACGACAUCGAGUCCGGCGCGGCGGCGCUCGCCGUGAGCGGGAUGAGCUGCUCGACGCCGACGUUUGCUGCGGUCGCUGUGCUGCUGAAUGAAAGUGUCCAGCGCGGGCAAGAGCGUACUCCACGGGAACAACCCGCGUGCAACGGGGGUACGCCUGGGUUUCACGCCACGCAGGGAUGGAUUCCUGUUACGGGGCUCGGCACGCCGAACUUCACCCUACUCGCAUCUGCCGCGAGCCUCUGA